AGUGUGGCAGAUGCCGAAUAACAAGCCGAAAGGUGAACGCCAAGAAGAUGUGCAAACGAGACUAUGCGCUCCUGGCUCAGGUGGUGGACCAGCAGGUGCUCAACAGCUACGUCAAGUACGUCAUCAACAUCCAGACGGUGUACCGCCGCUCCCCGCAGUGGAAGCUGCGCCGCGGCACCAGCUACCUGCUCGUGCGCAGGAAGGACAUCAGCUGCAACUGCCCGAAAAUCAAAAUCAACAGCAAAUACCUGAUUCUGGGCGCGGACCCUCAGCGCCGCUCCGGCCUCAUCGUCAACAAAAAGAGCAUUGUCCUCGAGUGGAAGAACAACUGGUCUCGGCGCAUGCGCCGAUUGAGAAAGCGCGCGCGAAAAGUGUGUCGCCGACGGGACUGAGCACACUCGCCGUAAACAGGCCGAGUUCAGAGAGCUUUACCGUAGACGGACGCGGCACGGGCGGCGCCGAAACUGCCGCCGGUGCGCCAGGUUCGUCGCAGACGGAGUUAGGCAGCCCGGCAGCCGUCUAUUUAUUACGCAGCUAAGAGCGGUUGUGUGGUGGAGCGCGGGCCCGUCAGGUCGUGUCAUGUGACGAGGCAGGUCAUUGGUGUAGAUUUAUGUAACCCGCUAGUCUUAUCUGGUGUCGAUGUGCCAUUCUUUGGUGUUGUAGACUCUAGCUGUAUUGCUGUCAAGCGCUGGAGUGUGUUCCGUAAGCACGGAAUGGUACGGAACUUGAGGCGAUGGUGCUGCCACCUAUGCAGGCGACAGUGCUGCCACCUGGGCAGUUUUAACGACUCCAUGUGGCUCGCUGUCGCGAGGUUGUGUGCGCUGCGUUGUGCGAAGGACUUGAACGACUGUUGUAUCCGUUAUUUCGGAUAGCGACAGCACGGAUAUCUCGCGGUGCAGGAAGGAAUGAUCUGCCAUCACGCGGGAUCACCAAGACGGUGUCCGCCUAACAGUGUACAUAACAGAGCCGCGAUCUUCUAACAUUCCUUUCUCCGUGUACCACCGGUCACACGUGCGCGGCACGUGUGACGUGACCCACGUUCCACGGAGUUCCCCACGUGGCUCUCGACGUGUAAGUGGAACUCUAAUUCGUACGCCCUUUCUACUGGCGUCCCUGUGAGGACGAAUCUCCACUUGAAAUACCUGUACGUGUAUUCUCUCGUGGUUCGUUAUUUGGGCAGAAGCGUAUCAACGCUUCUCGCCUGGAUACGGGGCGAGAAUCUCCUUUGCUGAGGUUUCCCCUCUCGAGAUGAUUUGAGAGCCUGAGUUCUGCUUAGUCGUUGAAUUCUGCACAUAAUAAUGUAUUUGGCUUUCCGUAACGAUCAGUGGAAACUUCAUCGCAUUGUGAUAGAUCUAUCUAUACAGCUUUCUGCGUUGGAUAUGAUUUUGUAAUAUAUCUGCCCCGCUAAGGGAAGGAGUCAA